AUUCUCAAUUUUUUGGCAUUGAUUUACAGUGUAUGCACACCGUGGGCAAGGGAGCCCCGGCUUACACGUGGAAGAUGUCGCAUUGUGCGUCAGAGCUGCUGUCAGAGCUGCUUCCGAGAAAAUCCAACAUGCAAAACGGAGUGAUGCAGAAUGAAGAGCCGAAGAGGAGAGCAUCAUCUCAUCUAACCUAACUAUUGACCAUGACCAUGCUAGCGGCUCCCAAAACAGCCAUGAGGCCCCGCACCUGCAGAACGACACCAUUCUUGAUGGCGCCAAUUUCCUGUUUCAUUCUUGUGAACGUUUGGUUGCGCCCAUCUUCUGCGUUUGUGUCGCGACCUCCACUUCCGAAGUUGGGACUUGUCAGGAGAUUGGACGGCAUUACGACGUCUCUACACGCUCGACGCAAAAAGCCCAACACCAAUAUUCGUCCGGGAGGAGAUAGUGGAAAUGAUGUCGAAGAAGGUGAAGUGGGAAAGGGUCCCAACUGGAUUGAACGAUCCUUUCCCGUAGACGUGGGUGGUGUUGACAGUGAUGGCUCCUCUGCCAGCGAGUUGAAAAAGGUGGAAGAUUACAACAUAGGAAUCAGUGGAGUGUCCUUCCAAACGGGAAGCUUGAGUGAGCGCAUGUUUGAUGCUAUCAUGACCAAGUCACAAUUCGCGGCCAAUCCAGAUGCAGAAAUUCGCCGAGCAUUUAUGUUGUAUGCCAUGGACUUUACAGCCAAAGAAGCCACCAAGGCGGCCCUCAAACAGAACGGUUUGGAAAUUGCAUUGCAAGAAGACGAAGAAGAUGAAGGCAUGUGGGGAGACAUGGAUAGCAUUCGAUUAUUAGACGACAAUGGAGUGCCUCUGCCAGGGAUGAUUUACCAAUCCACAGAAGAUGCAAUUGACCAAGGGGGAUGGCAGCCAGGACAGGCGUUUGACUUUGUCGUGAGGCAGGUCCCCUCCAAGGUCCGAGAACUCUCUCUAGACGAGCUGUUGCAAGCAUUGGAUCCUGAAGGGAAACUACGAGAAGAAGCCAAAGCCAAUAACAUGACAUUGCCCGAUGAAGAGAUUCAAACUUUAGGAGACCUGGCCAAUGACAGUAUCCGUCGAACCGAGAACGCACCCAGGGGCGCCACCACCGAAGAACAAGCCUUUGCGGGAAUUCCUGGCAAGCGGGGAUACAGACCCAUCCCCAUUGGUGAUUUGUUGGCACCCUUAUCAGACGAUGGAACUGAGAAUCAGUAUACGAUGAUGCAUGUCAUGAAUUCGUUUGUGGCACAUGGAGCCCUAUUGUUGGACGUGUCAGAUGGAGGAAAGAAUUUGGAUAAGGCACAACAAUUGGCAGAUAUGUGGAAGGCCAUUGAACAGUUUUAUGAUCAAGUUGACAAGUCUUCCACCGACUUGCCGCCAAUGCAAACAGCCAUGGAAACAGGUUCACAAACGGCCAAAGUAGGCUAUGCUAGUUACGACAAUGAUUCUUUGCAGUUCUUAGAAACACGUCGGGAUCGAACAUCCGGAGCACUCUUACCAGAAGAGGCCAAUGCCAUUCUGGGAGAAGCCGCAGUCAAGGCACUAGAUGAAGCAUUUGCCUUGGUUACUGGGGCAGGCAAGGUCGCCGUCAGGAUAGCUGUGGCCGCAAGCAGUUUGGAACGAAGCGAUGCAUUUCUGGACGACCCUGCCGCAGCAUCGAAGGCUGCGGGACUUAUGGCAGAGGAAUUGCUAGACGAUGGAACCCCUGAUGGAAGUGGCACUGAGUUUCCUGUCUGCAUGAGCCCUCACCGGCUUUGCCGGUACUCCAACAAUGUGAAGCAACAAGCUACAGUUGAUGAGAACGAGAAUGAUGAAUCAAAUCUACAGUCUUCAUCCAGGGAAGUCUUUGGGGCGCAUGUUGAUUCUACUUGGGUAACCAUUGUCCCGGUUGCCUCGGUCAGUGGGCUCGAGGUCUUUGAUGAAGAACAAGAAGAAUGGUACCGACCAGAGCUGGCGGCACGUCAACACUGGAAAGACCUGCAAAGUCAACGAGGAUUGGAUCCUGAGGCUCUUUUCGACCCGGAUUCAUCCCUGCCGUGGCACUCUCGGUAUGUCGUUCUAAUGCCAGGUGAGUUGCUGCAAUUGGCCACUCGCAACGAAGUUCCCGCAGCUGUGCACCGCGUGGUAGCCACGCAAGACAGCCCGUCACGGCUCAGUGCUCCCAUUUUGUUGAGAUGUCGACCGGGCGUGAAAAUGGACGUAAACAGGUACUUGGGAGGUGCAGGAGGAUACCCCUUGCUGGAGAGCGUCGAUGGGAUGACCAUUGAACAAAUCCACGAAGGCUUACAACCAACCUACUUUCAAUAGCGUGGACUAUGCAGCAAUAAUGAUUGUGAGUAGCUCUACUACCCUAGUAGGCCCUUGUCAAUUCAUUCAAAAAACCUUCUGAAGUACCACAGUGAUAUGGAUACCGGUAGACUAAGCUUAGAUUACUCCACUUUGCGCG